CUUAGCACAUGUGGAGUGUGAAAAGUAGAAGAAAGUAAGAACAUGCGGCUACUUGCACUGGUGUGUGUUGUGACCGUUGUCCAGUCUCAAGAUUCUACAGAUGGCAUAUAUGACAAGCAGAAAGACAACCAAUGGUUUAAAGAUGGCGUUAAUCUUAUCAAGGAGAAUUUAAAAAACAAAAAUAUCAACAAAAAGGCUAAAAAUGUAAUCUUGUUUAUCGGUGAUGGCAUGGGAGUGAGCACUGUCACGGCCGCUCGAAUCUUAGAUGGACAACUACAAAACAAAACAGGGGAAGAGAAUGUGUUAAGUUGGGAAGAGUUUCCUAACGUCGCUUUAUCGAAGACAUACAACACAGAUGUUCAAACUGCUGACUCAGCUGGAUCGGCCACGGCCAUUUUGACUGGCGUUAAAGCAAGGGAAGGUGUUGUAUCUGUCAACGAGAAAGUGCCUCGUUAUGACUGCGAGGCUAGCAAAACCAAUAAAGUGUUGUCUCUUGUUAUGCUGGCUGAGAUGGCUGGUUUGUCGACAGGUGUGGUGACAACAUCAGAGCUGACACACGCUACACCAUCUACUGCAUACUCACAUUCUGCAGAUCGUGGGUGGGAAUGCGACGCUGACAUGAAACCUAAUUCCACCUGCAAGGAUAUUGCUAGUCAAUUAAUUGAUUCACCGUAUGGAAACGGAUUGGAGAUUGCAUUCGGCGGAGGACGGAAAUAUUUUUUUCCAACUUCUAUCGAAGAUCCGGAGGAAAAAGGAAAGUUUGGCAAACGAAAAGAUGGUCGGAAUCUUGUUGAUGAAUGGGUAAAGAAAACAACUAAAGAUAAAGUCUUUUCAUACGUUUGGAAUGAAACUGAUUUCAAGAAGUUAGACCCAACCAAAGUGGAUCAUGUUUUAGGUUUAUUCGACUACAGCCACAUGCAAUUCUCCCACAAUCGCAAGAAAGACACUGCUGGAGAGCCGUCUUUAACUGAAAUGGUUGAAUUUGCUAUCAAAACUUUGGAAAGGAACCCUAAAGGUUAUGUUCUCUUAGUGGAAGGUGCAAGAAUAGACCAUGCCCAUCACAAAUCAAAAGCAUUCCAUGCUCUUCACGAUACAGUGGAACUAGCCAAUGCUGUGCGAAAGAGUAAAGAACUAACAAAGAAGGAAGAGACGUUAUUGUUGGUUACUGCUGACCAUUCCCAUGUCUUUACCUUUGGUGGCUACCAGAAACGUGGCAGCCCCAUCUUUGGGUUGACAAAUGCUGAUCAAUUUAUUGCUAAUGAUGGCAUGAGAUACCCGACAUUAGGUUAUGUUAAUGGUCCCGGAGCAAAAAUUAACGCAUCAAGGAAUCCAGUGACAGAAAAGGAGCUAAGAGAUCCUGAAUUUGUGUGGCCGAGUUUGGUGAAUGUAAAUUCGGAAUCCCACGGUGGAGAAGACGUUGCUGUAUAUGCACUUGGUCCACAAGCUCAUCUUCUUCGAGGUGUUGUCGAACAGAAUUACAUCUUCCACGUGCUAGAUUACGCAUUAUGUUUAUCAGAGAGCAAAAAAUCAAUAUGUCGCAGCGAAGGGUUGAUGGAUCGAAGAAACUUUAGCGAAAGUGUUCACAAUAUUCAACAUUACUUCUUGUACAUGAGUAUUUUUUUAACUUUGUGUAAUAUUCAACUUGGAAUGAUUAAGAAUUUUUAAACAACAAUAAUUUUAUUUAAAGACGUUACAUAAAUGAUGCCUUAUACCUAGGAACAGUUUAGGUUGCAAUGAAUAACAAAAGCGGGAAUUAUCUGCGAGCGGAAUUCUUUUUCGAUGCAAACGACUUGCCAUAUCUUGGCAAAACUAGACUAAGCAGAGCUGACAAAUUGAUUUUUGGAAAAAGAGAGAGCAAUAUGGUUACAAAGAAGGCCCAACCAUGGUUUGGUUUGCGCUGGAAAAUAGUUAAAAGAUAAAACCUCCACAUUGGCUAAGACUUUAUUUAAAUUUUUUACUGUCAGAAUAAGAAAAAAAGUUUUGGAAGCUAUCUAAGCUAUCACUCGCUCCUGUUAAAUGCAUACAUAAUUACGUGCUUUUGUUGUCGUUUUUUGUAACUUUCAUCAGACAAAAAUUUAGAACGAGUUUAGGAAUAUUCUGGGAUUUGCAAUGACUUUUUACUGACUUACUAUUAGAUAGACAAACUCAAAGAAAUAGAAGAAAGAAAGACGUGCCAAGAGUCACAUAAAGCUCAUUGUUCUUAUAAAGAAAUUGUGCAGUAGUUAGAGUGUAUAAAAAUUUCAAAAUUAUACUCCAUAUAUAAAAUGUAGAUUAUAAUGGAAAUAUUUCAGAACUUUAACGAGGAUAUUAUUUGAAAGUAGACUUCUACCAUUUAUUUUUAAAAAGCAAUGAUUCUAUAAAUAAUGUAGCCAUAUCAAUUUUAUAUAAUCAUUUUAGCCAAGAAUAAAUUUCCCCACAAUGGUUAGAAAUACUUCUUUUCCUGAAACAACCUUAACGGACGUUGACGUUGAAUAUUUUUUUAUUUUGGAGACGUGCGUGAAACUGUUUUUGUAAUCCCAUUUUAGAAGUUUUCUCUUAAUGUUGUCAAGAAAAAACAUUUUU